GCCCUCUAAAUCAGCAUUCUCGAUUCGCUGUCUUCCUGGUGGCACAUGACCCGGAAAUUUUCUGAGCAACAUGGCGGCGCCCAGUGGCAAGACAGACCUGGCCUGGAGUGCGUGGCUCGCCUAAUGGGGCAGUUGACGCUUGGAGAGGCUAAGGCCCUUUCCCGAGGUGACUCCGCAAAUCGGCAUCUAGACUGGAAUUCGAAUCCGCUGCUGCCUGUUUCUCCUAGAGGACGCUGAAUCCUUACAGCCAGCCCCAGAGCUGCUGUGGUUGUCCAUCAAGCAGAGGCAUGAGCUGGGUCCAAGCCAUCCUGCUGACCCGGAGCCUCUCUCGGGGCUGGGGAAGCAUUUGCAGGGCAACUCUGUCUGGAGCCCCUUUUUCUCAGGUGACCUCCCAGAUCUGCCGGAACCUCCACUGCAGCAUAGCCGCUCAUAACUCUGACUCGUCACUCAUCCCACAUCCCCCUAAGCCCUCUCAGGGCCCUGCAAAGGCCCUGGCACCCCAUGAGGAGCUGUUUAGGCAGGCACCUGAUGGGGUGCGGGACAAGGCAAGCUUUUUGCAGGCUGUGCAGAACUUUGGGCAGCACAAUGUCCACAAACGGGGCCAUGUUGACUUCAUCUACUUGGCCCUCCGCAAGAUGCGUGAGUAUGGAGUGGAGCGGGACCUGGCUGUCUACAACCUGCUGCUUGACAUCUUCCCCAAGGAAGUCUUCCGGCCACGCAGCAUCUUCCAGAGGAUGUUCAUUCACUACCCCCGGCAGCAGGAGUGUGGGAUUGCUGUCCUGGAACAGAUGGAGAACCACGGGGUGAUGCCCAACAAGGAGACAGAGUUCCUGUUGAUUCAGAUAUUUGGACGUAGAAGUUAUCCUAUGCUCAAGUUCGUGCGCAUGAAGCUGUGGUUCUCCCGAUUCAAGAACAUCAAUCCAUUCCCAGUACCCCGGGACUUGCCGCAGGAUCCUGUGGAUCUGGCCAGGUUGGGCUUGCAGCACAUAGAGCCCAACCUCAGUGCCAGGGUCACCAUCUAUCAGAUGCCUUCAUCCAGAGAUUCAUCGGGUGCCUUGGACCCCAAACCACACAUCCUGGGAAUCCAGAGCCCUGAUCAGCAGGAAGCUCUGGCCCAUCAUGACCCAGCCCAGCCCAUCUUCGUGGAAGGCCCCUUCUCCUUGUGGCUUCGAGACAAAUGCAUCUAUUACCACAUCCUCAGAGCUGACUUGCUUCCCCCAGAUGAGAGGAAAGUGGAGGAGAUUCCUGAGGAAUGGAACCUCUACUACCCAAUGCAACUGGACUUGGACUAUGAGCGGAGUGGCUGGGAUGACUAUGAAUUUGACACUGAAGAAGUGGAAGAAGGUCCUAUCUUCGCCAUAUGCAUGGCGGGUGCCCAUGACCAGGCCACACUGGCCAAGUGGAUCCAGGGCCUACAGGAGACCAACCCAGCCCUAGCCAAGAUCCCAGUAGUCUUCCGCCUGGGAAGUUCCACAGGAGAGCUCCUGGCACCCUCCCCAGGGCUAGAGGAGGCACCCUUGUCACCUGAAACCCAGGAAGAAGAGGAAGACAGAGACAGCAGCAGGACCAGAGUCGAGUCUGAGUGGUCUAAGGGACAGAGGCUGUGAACUGGUAUGAAAGCAUGAGAUGACCUUUGGAUGUACAGCAAAUAAAGGCUUUCCCAUUUGGGGCUGUUUUCUCUUUGGCAGUGUGGCAAC